CUCAUUUUGCAGGAAUAAUUUCGUUUCCACAUUCAUUGGGAGGUCGGGGUGCUGCUCUGGUCACUCUUGGACUAGGCUUUUUAAUCUACCAAUUUUACUCUGCCAAUUUGAUGUCCUUUUUGCUUAAUGUACCUAUGACCGUUAUUAGCACAGUGAACGAACUAUUGGAAGCUAGAUUUGAAAUUGGAUGUGAAGACAUUUUGUAUAACAGGGAUUUCUUGAAGUACGAAAAUAGCUCCAUAAUUCGAGAAGUACUAAAUAGACUUCAAUUAAAAAAUGGAUCAGGGUUUUUGAAACCUGAAAAGGGUUUAGCCUGGGUCAAGAAAGGGCAGUAUGCAUUCCAUGUUGAGCUUUCUACGGCUUACUCUAUAAUUAAAGAUCAGUUUGACGAAAAAACAAUUUGUGAGCUAAAAGAAAUUCCAAUGUUUCCAGUUAAGCAAAUGCAUGCCAAUUAUCAGAAGUUGUCACCGUUUAAAGAUCUCAUUGAUGUGUGCCUACAUCGGUUAAGUGAAAAUGGAAUGAUGAGCCGCGAAUCCGUAUUCUGGCAUCCCAAGAAACCUGGAUGUUUUAGAUCUGCUGCGGUGAUACAAAUUAACACCGGAUUGGCCGAUUUUUACCCGGCCUUAUGUAUGCUGUCACUGGGAAUGCUGUCAAGCUUACUCAUUUUGACUUUUGAAAUGUGUCUUUUCAAUGUAUCGCCCUAGAGCUGGAACGCCUUUUUUUAAAAUAGUGUUGCCGAUCGUACACAUUGUAAUCGAGUACCAAUAUAUUUCAUAUAGUGUAA